AUGCGGGACGUACUGGGAGGGACCCUGUGGGACAGCCCGGCCUGGGAGCAGGCCAAGAGGAAGCUGGACCUGGAGGGCCCUGAAUUUCGCACGCCCAAGGGGAAGGGCUGGACACUGGCACAGGUCCCCAGCCCCAGGACCCCCAAGUCUCCUGGGGAGAAGACUCGCUACGACACCUCACUGGGGCUGCUCACCAAAAAAUUCAUCCAUUUGCUGAACGAGUCUCCCGACGGUGUUGUGGAUCUGAACCGAGCUGCCGAGGUGCUGGAGGUCCAGAAGCGUCGCAUCUACGAUAUCACCAAUGUACUGGAGGGCAUCCAGCUCAUCCGCAA